GGCUGGUUUAAUAUGGCAAGGCUCUUUAUGUUGUUUAGUUCUUGACAAGUUAAACAUAGAAAAAGAUGAAACUCUUCCUUGUUUUUCUUGUUUGGUGGUUUUUUAGUCACAGUUUUUCUGGAUUUUCAGUUUUAAUGUUCUUGACCUUGUCCCGGGGAUGAUUCUUGUGUCUCUAUACAGUAGCUUGAUUAUGUGCUUGUCUGUAUUUUGUUUGAAAGAUUGAUCCUUCUUGACCAAAUCUAUGUCCUUACCCCUUUUUUUGAAUGACUGUAAAGUUGUUUUCAAUCAAAUCUGUUUCUGCAAUGGUUGCAUCUGAGUUCUCCGAUUGUUAUGGCUGAGUUACAAUGAAAAGAUCAUGGUUGCCAGCCAGAGCUGCAUUCCUCCCUUCACUUCUCUAUGUCCUUAUCUCUCUGAAAGUUUGAAUCUACAGCAGAAGUAAAGCCAGAGCUUCAUUCCUGCAAACCAAUAUGGAUAUCUUGUUGGUAGUUUUUGCCGUUUCCGCACUUCUUGUUACUGUGACAGCAGAGGUUUACAUCGUGACUAUGGAAGGAGAGCCAAUCAUAAGUUACCAAGGUGGAGAAAAUGGUUAUGAAGCAACUGCUGUCGAAUCUGAUGAGAAGAUUGAUACAUCAAGUGAAUUGGUGACAUCUUAUGCUCGUCAUUUAGAGAGGAAGCACGAUAUGAUUCUUGGAAUGCUCUUUGAGAAAGGAUCAUACAAAAAGCUUUACAGCUACAAACACCUUAUAAAUGGAUUUGCAGCUCAUAUUUCUCCUGAGCAGGCAGAAACACUACGUCGCACCCCAGGUGUUAAAUCUGUAAACAAAGACUGGAAAGUGAGGAGACUCACCACACAUACACCUGAGUUUCUGGGACUUCCCACAGAUGUUUGGCCAACAGGUGGUGGUUGGGAAAGAGCAGGAGAAGAUAUUGUUAUUGGUUUCGUUGACUCGGGGAUCUAUCCGCAUCACCCGAGCUUUGCCUCUCACCAUAGAUUACCUUAUGGCCCUCUUCCUCAUUACAAAGGGAAAUGUGAAGAAGAUCCUCAUACCAAGAAGAGCUUCUGCAACAGGAAGAUUGUUGGAGCUCAACAUUUUGCUGAAGCUGCUAAAGCUGCUGGUGCAUUUAACCCAAAUAUUGACUAUGCAUCUCCAAUGGAUGGAGAUGGGCAUGGAAGUCAUACAGCAGCUAUUGCAGCUGGGAAUAAUGGUAUUCCCUUGAGAAUGCACGGUUAUGAAUUUGGAAAUGCAAGUGGAAUGGCUCCACGUGCAAGGAUUGCUGUUUACAAGGCUCUUUACCGGCUCUUUGGAGGCUUUGUUGCUGAUGUAGUUGCUGCAAUUGAUCAGGCUGUUCAUGAUGGAGUUGAUAUCCUGAGCCUCUCCGUAGGUCCCAACAGUCCUCCAACAACUACCAAGACAACGUUCUUGAAUCCAUUCGAUGCUACACUUCUUGGAGCUGUAAAAGCUGGCGUCUUCGUUGCUCAAGCUGCUGGAAACGGAGGCCCAUUUCCAAAGACUUUGGUUUCUUAUAGCCCUUGGAUAAUGACCGUCGCAGCUGCUAUUGAUGACCGUAGAUACAAAAAUCAUCUCACCCUUGGAAAUGGAAAAAUGCUGGCAGGAAUGGGAUUGUCACCAUCAACUCGGCCUCACAAGAUGUACACUUUGGUUUCUGCAAAUGAUGUUCUGCUUGACUCGUCUGUGUCCAAGCAUAAUCCAUCUGAGUGUCAAAGACCAGAAGUCUUUAACAAGAAACUGGUUGAAGGAAAGAUUCUUCUCUGUGGAUAUUCUUUCAACUUCGUUGUUGGUACAGCUUCCAUCAAGAAAGUUGUUGCAACAGUGAAGCAUCUCGGAGCUGCUGGUUUUGUUCUUGUUGUCGAAAACGUUUCUCCAGGAACAAAAUUUGAUCCUGUUCCUUCUGCUGUCCCAGGAAUCCUUAUUACAGAUGUGUCUAAGUCAAUGGAUUUGAUUGAUUACUACAACGUUAGUACAUCAAGAGACUGGACAGGGAGGGUUAAAAGCUUUAACGCUCAGGGAAGUAUAGGAGAUGGUUUAGCACCUGUUCUUCACAAAUCAUCACCUCAAGUGGCAUUGUUCUCAGCUAGAGGACCUAACACCAAAGACUUUAGCUUUCAAGACGCUGAUCUUCUUAAACCGGAUAUUCUUGCACCCGGUUAUCUAAUAUGGGCUGCUUGGUGUCCUAAUGGAACAGACGAGGCUAAUUAUGUUGGGGAAGGGUUUGCGCUAAUAUCAGGAACCAGCAUGGCUGCACCACACAUAGCUGGGAUAGCUGCGCUUGUGAAGCAGAAGCAUCCUCGAUGGAGCCCAGCUGCUAUCAAAUCAGCUUUGAUGACAACCUCAAAAGUUGUAGACAGAACAGGCAGGCUUCUCCAGGCACAGCAGUAUUCAGAUACUGAAGCUGUAACGCUUGUUAAAGCCACUCCUUUUGAUUACGGAAGUGGUCAUGUCAAUCCAAGUGCUGCUCUAGAUCCUGGUCUUAUCUUUGAUGCAGGUUAUGAAGACUAUCUAGGAUUCUUGUGCACAACACCGGGGAUUGAUGCACAUGAGAUAAGAAACUACACCAACACUCCUUGCAACUAUGAGAUGAAACAUCCUUCAAACUUCAAUGCACCAUCGAUCGCCAUUUCUCACCUCGUGGGGACACAGACCGUAACAAGGAGAGUGAAGAAUGUGGCAGAGGUUGAAGAAACAUACACUAUAACAGCUAGGAUGCAGCCUUCUAUAGCCAUUGAAGUGAACCCUCCAGCAAUGACUCUUAGACCUGGUGCUUCUAGAAGUUUCUCGGUCACUCUGACCGUGAGAUCAGUUUCUGGAGUGUACAGCUUCGGAGAGGUGAAGUUGAAAGGUAGCAGAGGGCAUAAAGUGAGGAUUCCUGUGGUGGCUCUUGGACAUAAGCGAUGAUGAACAAAUGUUAUUGUGUUUGUAAUAUAUUUUUUUGUAAUAUGCAGUCUGUAAUAAGAAUUUAGUUCUAGAGAGUUCUGUCUGAGAAAUGGAAAAUGCUUAAUAGCAAUUUGUAUAAUUAGUUUUUGAUAUAGAACUACACUUUUGAAGCC